CCUCUGCGCCACGAGGCGACAGCGUGCCUGCAGGUGGAGGACCCCGGACGUGGAGCCCGACCGAGACGCGAGAUGGCCGCGGCCGCGUGACUGGCUGGCUGAGCAGUCCCGAGGCUCCGAGACCGCGCCGGCCGCCUGCGGGGGGAGGUCCGCGACGGGACGACAGCGGGACUCCGGUGCCGUGUGCGAACUGCGGUGUGUGACGCUUGCCGCUCUCGGCAUAUUUGGGGGGGAGUGUCUGCUAGAGCACAGGGAGCCACCGUCUAAUCCGUGUUUGUAGGAUUGGGCCCUUGAUUGCCGGGAAAAUGGCGAUGGCACUGUUGGAAGACUGGUGCAGGGGGAUGGAUGUGAACUCCCAGAGAGCCCUGCUGGUCUGGGGGAUCCCGGUGAACUGCGAUGAGGCUGAAAUCGGAGAGACCCUCCAGGCCGCGAUGCCCCAGGUGCCCUAUCGAGUGCUUGGGAGGAUGUUCUGGAGGGAAGAGAACGCGAAAGCAGCCUUGUUAGAGCUCACUGGCGCUGUGGAUUACGCGGCCAUCCCCAGGGAGAUGCCGGGUAAAGGAGGGGUCUGGAAAGUGGCCUUUAAGCCCCCGACUUCCGAUGCUGAAUUUUUAGAAAGAUUGCACCUUUUUCUGGCCAGAGAGGGGUGGACCGUGCAAGAUGUUGCCCGUGUCCUUGGGUUUCAGAACCCCGCUCCGGCCCCAGGCCCAGAUAUGCCAGCAGAGAUGCUAAACUAUAUUUUGGAUAAUGUUAUUCAGCCUCUUGUUGAGUCCAUCUGGUACAAGAAGCUGACGCUGUUCUCAGGGAGGGACCUCCCGGGGCCUGGGGAGGAGUCCUUUGAUCCCUGGCUGGAGCACACGAAUGAGGUCAUAGAGGAGUGGCAAGUGUCUGAUAUAGAAAAGAGGCGGCGGUUGAUGGAGAGUCUUCGAGGCCCUGCCGCUGAUGUCAUCCGCAUCCUCAAGACUAACAACCCUGCGAUAACCACCGCCGAAUGCCUGAAGGCACUUGAGCAGGUGUUUGGGAGCGUCGAGAGUUCUAGGGAUGCGCAGGUCAGAUUUCUGAACACUUACCAGAAUCCAGGAGAAAAGCUAUCGGCUUAUGUCAUUCGUCUGGAGCCUCUGCUGCAGAAGGUGGUGGAGAAGGGGGCCAUAGAUAAAGAUAACGUGAACCAGGCGCGCCUGGAGCAGGUCAUUGCGGGAGCCAACCACAGCGGGGCCAUUCGAAGGCAGCUCUGGCUGACCGGGGCUGCGGAAGGGCCGGCGCCUAACCUCUUUCAGUUGCUAGUGCAGAUUCGCGAGGAAGAGGCCAGAGAGGAGGAGGAGGAGGCAGAGGCUGCCCUCCUGCAGUUAGGCCUAGAGGGACGCUUCUGAGACCGGAAAAUGGAGUUUUAGUGCAAAUCUAGAUAACAUUGUCUCUGCUGUCUUAUAGGUGUGUCUCUUAGUAAAGUCCUGUUUUCUGGGGGAGAGUCUGGCCUGCAUAUAUAUUCAUGUAACAUUAGUAAAAUCGUGCUAGCGAGCGCCCUGAGCUGCUGCAAGUGAGUCAUGCUUGCUAAAAUGCUAGGUAAAGUCUUGGACACAGGUGCUCAGCGCAAGCUGUCCUCAUGAUAUCAUCAUCAGUUGUGAAAAAUGUGAACUUUGUGAUACUUCUCAUCGAGGUACUUAAAUGUGAAAUUGCAUGUUCAGAUGUUUAGUUCAGAGCCUGGCCGACACAAGGAAGUGUUGAGUAAAAAUGUGAACUGUUACUACUAAUAACGUGAAUAGUUUUUGUGUUUACUGAACAUUGUUCCUGAUUUAUAUUAAUGGGAAGAAAUGUGAAUUAGAUAUUCUUAGUAAUUCAACUUUACAUUGCUAAUUUCUUAUUUUCCAUCUGUAAACAUUGGGAUCAGUUUAAUUGAAAAGUAUUUUGAGUCUACAAAACAGGGUGUUAAAAAAUACUACAAUUAUAGAGGUGUAGUAUUCUAUAAAAUUUAGAAUUUUUCAUUGUACAAAAUAGAUAUAAAUCGCAUGAGGAGGUUAAUAUGAACCAGUUACAGUAUCCAUUACCCCAUUUCAAAUCUUUGUCAUUGAAAUAGUUCUCUUUACUC